AUGUCCUCUGUAACGUUAGAAUUCCUCCAAGACUUGCUGAAAAUCGACUACCCCGACGUCACUGUACAGGACUUUGAGGGCGCUCCGGGUUCCAAACGAGGUGACAAUUACACUUCUAUGGUCUACCGUAUUACUUUGAAGGGCUUCAAGAAGGAUUCGGAAAGAACGGACCCGUGGACCGGCUCCAUAAUUUACAAAUGCCUCCCCGAAAGCACUCUGCGAAGAAAUACCUUCAAAAGCGACGAGUUGUUCUGCAACGAGGUAGCAUUUUAUACGAAGAUCUGGCCGAAGCUAUCGUCCUUUCAAGAUCACUGGAAUUUAGCGAAUCCGUUUAAAGGGAUCCCUAAAUGCUAUUUGGCGCAGAACGAUUUGGUCGUUUUAAAGGAUUUGAAGGAGCUGGGAUUCGUCAUGCCCGACAGGCAACAGGGCCUGUCAGUGGAACAGUGCUAUUCGGUAUUAAAAAACUUGGCCCAAUUUCACGCUCUGUCGUUGGCGAUGAAGUGUCAUAGUCCGGAAGAGUUCUACGAGCUGCUCAAUAUACAAGAUGGCAUAUCUGAAGUGUUUUUUGUGUCGAAGAAUGAAGAAUAUUAUAGAAGUUAUUACAUUCAAGCUACUCAAAAUGCCAUUUCAAUGGUCGCAGAAGAGUUAAAAGAUUCAUCAGGCAAAGAUAAAUAUCUUGAUAAAUUUAAGAGCUUCUGUAGCGAGGACACCUUCUUCCGGUCCAUGGUAGAUAUGGUUUCCCCGAGAGAACCCUUUGCAGUUAUCUGUCACGGUGAUUGUUGGACUAACAACCUUCAGUUUCGCUACAAAGAUGGAGAAAUUGCAGAAAUGUAUAUAGUGGACUUUCAGCUGGCUCGCUAUGCCUCUCCGGCCCUCGAUCUGUGCUACCUCAUCUAUCUAUGCCUCGAUCGCCACCAGAGAGCGGACCACGUGGCAUCCCUUCUGGAUUACUAUACGGAUGAACUUUACGAAAGAGUUGUGGCCAUGGGGGGUUCGGCUAUUUUCGAUAGGGACACACUAGCGUCUAUGAUACAAGACGAAUUCCGGAACAGCAGUCGUUUCGGCCUCGGGACUGCCCUAGACAUGUAUCCCAUUAUGACGUGCGAUAGUGACGAAGCGCCCAAUGUAUAUCAGGAAAAGGAAACUGAAGCGAAUUCAUCCGAAGAAAGCGCAAAGCCCGUGUGGACUUCGAACGCCGUCUGCAGAAAAAAAAUGACAGAUUUAGUCGUAGAACUAGUGGACCAAGGGCUGCUAUAA